AUGAACUCCUUCCGUGUCGCCCGCGCCGCUCUGCGCGUCCGCCCUACCGCUUUCGCCGCUCCCCUCGCCCGUAGAGGCUAUGCCGAUGUCGCCGCAGACAAGAUCCAGCUGUCUCUUGCCCUUCCUCACCAAGCCAUCUACAAGUCGCAGGAUGUUGUUCAGGUCAACAUUCCCGCCGAGACUGGUGACAUGGGUGUCCUCGCCAGCCACGUUCCCUCCAUCGAGCAGCUGAGACCUGGUCUUGUUGAGGUUAUCGAGGAGUCCGCCGGCAGCAAGCAGUUCUUCCUGUCUGGAGGUUUCGCUACCGUCCAGCCCGGAUCUAAGCUCAGCAUCAACGCCGUCGAGGGUUACCCUCUUGAGGACUUCAGCCCCGAGGCUGUCAGAAACCAGAUCGCCGAGGCCCAGAAGAUUGCAAGCGGCAAUGGCAGCGAGACCGACAUCGCCGAGGCCAAGAUUGAGCUCGAGCCUCUUUAUUGCCAUAUCUCUAUUACCUACACAGCACCAAUGCCGCUCAAUGUCCUGCACUCGCCCAAGGUUUGGGUUGCAGCACUCGUCCUCAAGAUCAAGCUCCAUUCCAUGGCUCUCGCCGCCAAAUGUAGACGGAGCCCCAAGCCAACCCCUGCCACAACCCCAUCUGCAGCCUCGACUCCAGCUCCAGUCCCAGCCGCAGCCGCAGCCGCAGCUCCAGCUCCCAACCCUGCUCCCAAACACUAA